AUUUUUGUUUGAAACAAUGGAAAAUUUAUCUUUCUUUGCUUGAAUAAGAUAAUCUCUGGAAACCCCAAUCAUGAUGCUGGAGGAUUACACAGCGAAAUCGAAGCUCAGUGAGAGUUCAACGUCAACAGUUUGGUUAGCGAAGCACAAGUUAACCGGAGAAGAAGCUGUGAUGAAGUGUUUCAAUCUCUCGAAGCUCAAUCGCAAUCUCCGAACCUGUUUAAACAACGAACUCGAGUUUCUAUCUUCCGUUGAUCAUCCCAAUAUCAUUCGUCUCCUCCAUGUUUUUCAAGAUGAGGAUUUUCUCGUUAUGGUUUUGGAAUAUUGUGAUGGAGGAACUUUAUCAUCGUAUAUUCAACGUUAUGGUAGAGUUCAAGAAGAUAUUGCCAAGAGAUUUAUGAAGCAAAUUGGAGCUGGUUUGGAAAUUAUUCAUGAUAAUCACAUCAUCCAUAGAGACUUGAAACCUGAGAAUAUUUUACUUGUUGGAUCUGGUGAUGAUUUGGUGUUGAAGAUUGCUGAUUUUAGUCUGGCAAGAAAACUACUUCCGGGAAAGUAUCUCGAGACGGUGUGUGGUUCUCCUUUUUACAUGGCUCCUGAAGUUCUUCAGUUUCAGAGAUACAAUGAAAAGGCUGAUAUGUGGAGUGUAGGAGCAAUCCUUUUCGAGCUACUUCACGGGUAUCCACCAUUCCGUGGUAAUAACAAUGUUCAGGUUCUAAGGAACAUCAAAUCUAGUACAUCUCUUCCCUUCUCUCGGCUGAUUCUUCAACAGAUGCAUCCUGAUUGCAUCGACGUCUGUUCAAGAUUGCUUUCUAUUAACCCAGUUACUCGUCUCUCUUUCGAUGAUUUCUACAACCACAAGUUCUUGAGGCUAUGAUUGCUUUGUCCUUGAGGUACCUGUUUUGGACCUUUUGGUCUUAUGCUGGUGUAUUGUUGCUUCUGUCCUGUCACAUUGAUUUGCUUGUUUGUUAGACAUUGCCUAAGCUAAAAGGCCAAUUGCCUGUUGUCACAAGUCUAACCAUUUGAGUGUAGAAGAUAUAGUUUACACCAUGGCUUCUCAGAAUUUUGAUUUUGUUCUAUUGGUCACUUCUUUCUUGCAGUAAUUGUUCUGUUUCUAUUUGGUUUCAACUGUUCCUUUUCUCUGUUUCUAGUCCAGUAUUAGAAUCUUAUAAAAAGAUAAAACCUCA